GCAGCAAAGCAGAAGUACAGAUCACUUCUCUUCUGUGGGGUGAGUUCUCUCCUGCUUAUCACCAUAUUAUACUAAAUUUUGUGUUACCUAGAGUUUUAAAAUUACUUUUAAACAGCAUGAUGUCUGUUUAGUGCCGUAAAAUGCAACAAAGAUAAAGAAACACAACAUGCUAUCUAGAAAAAUCACAAACAAGAACUACUUUUUUUUUUUAAUAUGUUUUUAGGUCACAUUUAUCAGCGUGUGCAUGGAGAGUCUCUACAAUUACAACAUUUAACAUUCUUUCGUUAAAGUAAAUACCUACGAUUUUUAUGUAUACACUUAAAAUCAAGAACAUAAUGUACAUAAUAAUAAAGAUUUUUUUCUGUUGUGGCCUCUAUAUGGGAAACGAUAUACCAUAGUCAACCAAAACUUCAGUUCUGAACUAGGAAGAUGAGACUGCUUCUCUCGUUCUGCGUCCUCUGCCUAAUGGCCCCUGUCAGCUUCAGUCAGCUUCAAGGUCCUCCAGGUCCUCCAGGUCCUCCAGGUCAAAAAGGAGAUCCAGGAUUUCCUGGGAUGCUUGGGCCACGUGGGCUACCUGGGCUACCUGGGGCACCUGGAUUAUAUGGAGUUCCUGGAAGGCCUGGACGUGAUGGAAUAUGCUGUGACGGGGUCACAGUACUUUCUGGGACAUCUGGAUGUGCUGGAACUGGAACAGGCUCUGAAGCUGCUGCUGCUGCUGAUUCCAGCUGCCCAGACCUCAGAGCUUUGAAGGACAGAUUUGCCAAACUAGAGCUGGCUGUUAACUAUCACUUUGUCCAAAGAGUUGGUCAGAAAUACUUUGUGUCCAACAAGGAGAGAGGCUCCUUCUCCAGAGCUGUUGAAUUCUGCUCCCAACAACACUUAGAGCUGGCUUUGCCCCAGAACGAGGACGAGAACAACGCAGUGACUCAAGUGUUUGGGGAUGUUUACAAAGCAGCUUGGAUCGGGGUCAACAAUAAAAAGGCAGAGGGGAAUUUUGAGGUUGAUAUGAAAAACCAACCUCUGACCUUUACCAAGUGGGGAGAAGGUCAGCCAGACAAAUCCAUCCAAGAUACAGGCUGCAUCAUGCUGUCAGAAAACGGCAUGUGGAGAGUUACUCCAGAAUGUUUCCUGAAUGCUUACAUCAUUUGUCAGUUAUAGAAGGAUCAGCUGUUCCUUGCAAGUCUCAUUUGAGGGAAUUUUUCUCCAUAUCACAUUUAUCUCAACUUUUCAUUAAACGAAUUAUUGCAUAACUUUUUUAAAAUAACAAUAAAUGACCUCACUUUCUGCAUCUGGAUGAAAAUGUGAUCUUAAACUUAUCAGUGAAUUACACAGAAACGGAUAUGUUUAAGAUAUUAAAUGUCACAGUUUUUCCCGUUUUUUUUAACAAAUAGUAUGUGAUAAUAAAAAAAAAAAAAA